GCGCGCACCAGUCCGAGACCCCGCAGCUCCGCCCCAACACUGAUCCAUGCGGAGGAGAAGCACCCGUGGGUGAGGAGCGAGCUUCUGUGCCCGGGAAGCCUCCUCGGGGGCCAUGGGGGGACAGGUGAGGCUGCCGCCCGGAGAGCCCUGCCGAGAAGGCUACGUGCUGUCUCUGAUCUGUCCAAAUGCCUCCCAGGCUUGGUGUGAGAUCAUACGUGUGUCACAGCUGUUGGCUUCUCCUGUCCUCUACAGGGACCUGAAUUCCAGCAUAACCAACUGGAGCAUUUCUGCAAAUGCAGAGAACAAAUACAGUCUUUAUGUAGGCCUGGUACUGGCAAUAAGUUCCAGUAUUUUUAUUGGCUCCAGUUUCAUCCUGAAAAAAAAGGGCCUCUUACAACUGGCCAACAAGGGCGUUACUAGAGCUGGACAAGGUGGAUAUUCUUACCUCAAGGAAUGGCUCUGGUGGGCAGGAUUACUCUCAAUGGGAGCAGGCGAGGCUGCGAAUUUUGCAGCUUAUGCUUUUGCACCUGCCACCUUGGUCACCCCACUGGGCGCUCUGAGUGUUCUCAUAAGUGCACUGUUGUCUUCCUAUUUUUUAAAUGAGCACUUGAACAUUCAUGGGAAAAUAGGCUGCAUAUUAAGUAUAUUGGGGUCAACUGUGAUGGUUAUCCAUGCCCCACAAGAAGAGGAAGUCGCUUCUCUGCAUGAAAUGGAAAUGAAAUUGAGAGACCCAGGAUUUAUCUCCUUUGCUGUGAUCAUAACUGUGAUCUCCUUGGUGCUGAUUUUGAUUGUAGCUCCCAAGAAAGGACAGACCAAUAUAUUGGUCUACAUUUCAAUCUGUUCAUUGAUUGGAGCAUUUUCAGUUUCUUCUGUCAAGGGCCUGGGAAUUGCCAUUAAGGAACUACUGGAAUGGAAGCCCAUUUAUAAGCAUCCCCUGGUCUUUGUUUUGCUGGCUGUACUCGUGCUUUCAGUGACAACACAGAUUAACUAUCUCAACAAGGCACUGGACACCUUUAAUACAUCUCUUGUGACUCCCAUUUAUUAUGUGUUCUUCACGUCCAUGGUAGUAACUUGCUCUGCCAUCUUAUUCCAAGAAUGGUAUGGCAUGAAUGCUGGAGAUGUCAUCGGGACUUUGAGUGGGUUCUUCACCAUUAUCAAUGGCAUCUUCCUUCUACAUGCUUUUAAAAACACUGACAUUACCUGGAGUGAUCUGACAUCCACUACUCAGAAAGAAGUCCUCUCUCUGAAUGGCAAUGAAGACAAAUACGUCUUACUAGAGAAUGUAGAAUGUUCAACCCCAGAAUUUGAUGAUGACAUUACAUUGUUUAGCAGGACUGAUGAUCAAAGUCCCUAGAAACCCUGAACUUUAACCGCUAAGAGACACUUGGAGAGGAGAAGGAAUACCUGAUUCUUGGAACAACUAUUAGGAAAGCUGGCGUUUUUAAAGUUCUAACUAAUAAUUUAGACAUGAGCCCAAAUAAAAAAGCCUUUAUUUUUGGCCAUCAAACUUGAAAAUCAAAGUUUUGAUCCUCCUCCAGAAGGCUUCUGCUGUUUUUCAUUUCUGCAAACUUGAAAUAUUCCCUAAGCAUGAAAGAAGUCAAAGAGUUAGAUAACUCAGAAUAAUCUCUUUCUUCUGGUCACAAUAUGUUUGGCUCUGCCAGGUGGCUCUUCAUUUCUUUGGCUGCUAUUCUUAGUCUCUCAGUAAUUCAUAGGUAAACACAACUGUGUGCUGGUAAGCAGAAUAUCAGUCACCAUUCUCUAAUGAGUCAUAGUUUCAAAUUAUUAAAACUGAGAAGCGAGAUCACUGAUGCCUCCCACCUUCUACAACUUCCUUCUUUCUAAACUAGGUAGCUAAAGGGUAGAGUGUUUAAGAAAAAAAUAGACAUGUUGGAAAUCUGCUGCUUGGUGGGCUAGAAUGUGUAAGACACACAUGCCCAUGAAGGGCUUAUAAAUUGUAACUUAUUGAGUUUGAGGAGAAUAGGAAGGCGAGUUAACUUCGUAGAAAACUCAGGGAAUACUACAGGAAAAUACCUUUUCAUAUUAAAGCCUACAUAAAAUUUUCCUAUCUCACUCCAGGUGCAUGGCAGGAGUAACAUUUUUGGUGGUCUCUACUGUUUAUGGAUAGAUUAAUCCAUUAAUCUUUUCUCAUUGAUUUAAUGGAAAAGAAAUUAGCUAUCUUAUUUCUAGACUAACUUAUUUCUCGCAAAAAAAAUCCUAACCAAAAAAUUAUGACAUUAAAAACAAACAAAAACUCUUCAGGUUGACUGGAUUAUUCUCUUCUAAUGUCAAAUGUUAUUAGUUUUGUUUGUUUGUUUGUAAUCUACCUCAAGUCUAUUCUGGGUAAUAAUAGUAGAUUCUUUUCUUCAGAAUUCUAUUAAAGUGACUUUAGCAUUUCCCCAGUUCGGUUGAACUGUGAUUGAUUUUCACAGUGAUGACCUGAGAUGAUUGCAAAGCCCUAAAGUGCUGGCACAAUCUCUUCGGCACAGUUUAGUGUUGAAUGCAAUUCAGUGCAUUCUAAACUUUUGAAAAUUGAUAAUCCGUGGAAGAUUCAUGGUUGAUACCUCAGGUCAAAUAUAUGUUUACUGUGUUGAUUGCUGUUUCACCUUAAUUGUAUAUCAGAUAUAUAAGCUAUGAACACAAGUUUGUAGAAAAAGUAUUCUCUUAAAAAGUAGUGUCUGAAAGUUGUAGAAAUUCUUUUAAGUUUCUCUUUUUCUGUUGAAAACUCUGUUGAUUUCUCCAGGACACCUUCUUGGUGAGGAAAUUAAUAGCAUCCAACCUGAGGUUGGGGUAGUCCUCCACUUGACUGUAUCUUAGUGUCAGAUAUUUCUUCAACGUCACCUGUUACAAAGCUUUGCCCUUGGUAUGUUGUGCCCAGGUUAAAGGUUCUUGGAACACAAGAACCCAUGUGUACCCUGGGUUGGAAAAUGAACUGGUGUUGACACAUAUGCCCAGGAGAAAGUCUGAGAAAGAUCUAAUGAGCUGAAAUAUGUUGAGAAACAAUGAAACAUUUGAAAAACUCUAAAAAUCUCUGGUGGGCAUAUGCAUUGAAAAACUAAAAUGUUGCAAAUCCGAAACCCAGAGUACUUUUUCCCAAAUAGGAAGAUGUUGUCUAAGGAGGAAUAAAAUGCUGGAUCCCUGUAUUGAGACUAACUGUGUUAGUCUUAACUGGUAGUCUCAUAUGUGUAUAUUUUAAUAUGUAUACUUUAUCUCACAUAGAUACCUUAAGAUUUAUUAUGUGAAUAUCUGUACACAUGUCAUUAAGGAUCACAAAGCUAUCCUCACACAGCCAAAUGGAAAGCUCGUCCUAAUUCUAUAAACAUAAUAGUUUCAUUUUAUUUUCCAACUUACAAUUUUAUUCUUAGGUCAAUGGUUAAUGAUUUUAUUUUUAGUUCAGAUUUCAGAAUGUUCAUAAAACCCUCUAGAUUUAGAAACAUGCAAUUAAAUUAACAUUUUUGUUUUAAGAGUAUGAAAUCAAAUACAUAUAUGUGGAAAGCACCCGCAUCAUACCUGAUAUUGAGGCAUUUAAUACAAUUUAGUUUUCUUUGAAUCAACAUUUUAAUUCUCAUAGUCUCAGUACUAUAUAGGUAAGGACCAUUAGUUGCCAGUUUUCAUAUAUUCUUUUUCUUUUUUCAAUUUGUGUUACCUUAGCUCAUUUUUAAUAAUCCAAGUGAAAAUGAAUUCCAUUAGUAUACUAUCUCAACAAUACAAAAUGAUUCUGACAAAAAUAUUUUAUUUUUCCUAAUAAAACCAAACUAAAUGCAAUCUUCACAUUCCAACAAAACUUUGUGGAAAAGUACUUUAUAUGAAUAUAUAUGAAAUAUUUUCAAAUGUUUUGAAAAACUAUGAUCAUGAAAUUUUCUAUUUUUCAAAUGUUUAUAAAUACUGUUCAUUUUAGAAAGUUUACAACUUUUAAAUUAAUGUUUCUGUAUGUUUUUCAUUUGCAAUCAAAUAAUGUGGUUUAAUUAUGCUUGUUGGAGUUCAGUUUUGAGUUUCUUGAAGUUAAGUUUAUGUAAAGGCAAAAAUACCCCUUGAAAUCAAAAAGAAAAUUCUGAGGUUUAAAAAAAAAUCUGCACUUUGUUUAAUGCUUUGUCAUUUUCCUUGAAAUUAAAAUCUGUGUUUUAGAAAAAGGCUCUCCACAAAACCAUCUCCUGAAUGAAAGGUAGGAGACACUAUCUUAUCUUUUGAUAAUUUUAUUGAACAGUCAGUAUAAUGAAAUCUCCCCUCAGUUCAGAAAUUUAAAAGAAAAAGGAGGAGGAGGAGAAAAAAGCAUUAUAACAAUAUUUGGUAGCAUUGCAUUACAUCAAAAUUUACAUUUGCAAACCCUCAGCAAAUUUCCUUCUAGCCCCAUUAGAACUUCAGUAUUGAGCACAUCACCAUGACUUUAUCAAUUUUCCCUGUUCUGAUUUGAAUUCAUGUUUGAGAAUAACUCCCUCAGUUGUUUCUAUAGACAUGAAUUGUCUAGGGUACAGACGGCCUCUUUCUUACCUGUGUCUGUUUUAUAGAUGAACAGCAAUAAUUUGCAAUUCCCUAAAUCGCAUAGUUACUUAGGAUCAGAAUGAGGACCAAAAUCCAAGUCCCUCAAACCUCCCAGACUACCCACUCCACGGAAUGUAGGCACGUCUAAGGAGGCCUUGGUGGAGCACAUCUCAGCAGAGUUAGAACGAACUACAGCUUCCCCCAGCAAGCUGUGUUAGCGUAUACCAAACAUUUUAGUACCCUAGCUGCGGUGUAUAGGAAGCCUCCAAGAGGUAAGCUUAGGUUACAAAGAGUCUUAACUUUUAUCUGUAACUAUGAACAACAUAUGUUUCCCAAUGAAAGCUUUGCUUGCAAAAAACAAAAAAAGUUUUUUGAGAGAGCCGACUACCUGAGAUACCUUUUCCUACUUCGGUCACAAAUCACAAAAAAACCUUUCUUCCUGAGGGAAAACCGAAUCUCCACUAAUGCCAUUAGUAUGGGAGAAAGCCUUUGAGAUAGAAGCCACUUUCAUUUUUAUAUGUAGAACUUCCCCUGUGGCUGGGGACAGAGGGGGCAGAAUCUCUGCAGGCCAAGCCCUACCAGCCUCAAGCCUGUCCAGCCCUCAUGAGACAAGGCCUCUCACCAGUUUUCUGCACUGGGACCCUCAUAAGACCACAUGGCCCUCACUCGCACCCAGCCACAUGUAGGUCCCAGCAACUACUUGACUGGGGGGAAGCACAUGGAGGGGGUUGGUAGUGGAGAUAAGAGCCAAGUUCUGAGCACCAUGUUCCCAGAAUCCCUUCCCACCCCCUGCCUUCUGUGAUCCAGCCAGUAACUCCUGAUUGCCAGCAUGCAACUCAAUCUGGCCCCAAAGCUUGUGGCACUAUUUACAAUAGCCAAGACAUGGAAGCAACCUAAAUGUCCAUCGGCAGAUGAAUGGAUAAAGAAGAUGUGGUAUAUCUAUACACAGUGGAAUAUUACUCAGCCAUAAAAAAGAAUGAAAUAAUGCCAUUUGCAGCAACAUGGAUGGACCCAGAGAUAAUCAUACUGUCAGAGCAAGAUAGAUAUCAUAUGAUAUCACUUAUACAAGAAAUCUAAAAAAAAUAAUAAUAAUACAAAUGAACUUAUUUACAAAAAAGAACUAGAUUCAGACAUAGAAACUUAUAAUUACCAAAGGGGAUAGCGGUGGUGGGGGGGAGAGAGAGAAAUUAGGAGAUUGGGAUUAACAUAUACACACAACUGUAUAUAAAAUAGAUAACUAACAAGGACCUACUGUAUAGCACAGGGAACUAUACUCAA